AUGAGAGUUUGUAUUGAGGUGGUGCCAGUCAUCAAGAAGGCACCCCUUUGUGCUCUUGCGGUCGUGGCCCUGGUGCCACUGGCACUAAGGGCGCGUGUGAUGACCAGGACGGGUGGCGCGGCUGCCUGCGGACGCUUGGGGCGCGUUGGAGCGAUGGCCAAGGACGGAUGGGGUGUCAGAGCGUCCCCAGCGAAUCCCGCCCCAUUCCGGGACGACUCGCGACACGUGGUGGAGAAGCCAGGGUACUGCUUCGUUGUGGGAUUGCUGAACCGAAGGAACGCUCUCGAGUGUACGGACGGAGGACUUUGCUGCCACGCCUGGAUCAAGCGCACGGAUAAGUACAAGGUUAAGCGCGAGGGUGAUCCUAAGAGGGCGUCAAGGAAGGAGCAAGCUUCGAUCCAGAAGGAGAUGGAUUUCUACGGUGAAGAUUCGGGAAGUGAAGCUGGAAGUGAGCGCUACGGUGAUGUUCGUGGCGGUGAGGAGAGGUCGGUCACUGUGCAGACCGCGGUUGAGCGGCUGGAGAGAGCCGAGAGACAACGCACUCUGGGAUUCAGAGGUGCGGAUGAGGGAGAGACGACGGAAGGACAGGGGCAGUCUGUCGUCGGUGCAGGUCGUGUGGCGGGGCAGUCAGAAGUUAUGCGGGAGCUGCUCGCCGCUGGUGUGGAAGAGUCCAAGGACGCCGUCGUGGAGACUGCGGAAGCGAGUCCUGUGGAAGGUGCGGCUACUGUCGCGACGGAAGUCAAGACAGAGCCCGAGGUGAAGGAAGAACAUAGAGGAGGUACGGACGCGUUCGCUGGCUACGGUGAAGAACCGUCCUAUUACGGUGGUGUUGGCCAAAGACAGUCUCGGGUCGAUGAGUACGGUUAUGGAACCGCUCAGGACUACUACUUUGGCGUCGAGGAAGAGGAGGAAGCGGAGAGCGCACCGCGUAGAAGUCCGAGUGGGUUUAUCCCUCGGUACACCGGUCCGGAGGCUAGGAGAAUGGAUCGACCUGCGUUUGGUUGGAGCUGGAGCGCGACUAAGGCUGUGGACACGCCUGCUGGUUACGGUGUUCCGUCCAGUGGCUACGGUCCUGGUAUUGGGGUGAAGAGCGUUUCGAGUGUGGCUAAGGUGCCGAAGAUGGUGGGCCAUUCUGCUCAAACUGGUGGAUUGCGGUCACAGGGAGUCCCGACAGCUACGGUCGCUAGUGUUAGACCGUCGGUACCUCCUGUGAUGCGUGCGAGUGGUCCAGGUGUGGGUCGUCCGGCGCCUAGUAUGCGUCCUAUGCCUACGAUGGCGCCGCAGCCAAGGACUCGAAGCGGACCUGUGGUGCAAGGAGGCGCUCUGAAUGCGUUCAGUUUGUCGAACCUGGUGUCGAACGCGGUGAAGGUGUUGCCGACGUUCUACUCUGACUCAGCUACGGUCGAGAAAGCUCGUGACUUCUGGGAGCUGUUUGAAGCUCACACGGUUGGAUUGCCCGACCAGUCACGAUUGUUGGUAUUCCGUCAGAAGAUCAAAGGACGUGAGGCGGAACGCUGGUGGAGUAACUCGACCAUCCGUUCGUUCAAGACGUUGAAAGUGAGAUUUCACAAUCAAUUCUUGAGUCGUACAGCGGAUGAACUGUGGGAACGGUUGGAAACCACGAAGCGUGAGCGAGGUGAGUCCGUUGAGGAAUGGGGUGACCGCGUCUCGGAUCUCUGCGAGUCGCUUAACUACCCAAAUCCUCAGAUGAGGUACCAACUGUUCCGACGAGGUCUCAGAAACAAGCGAAUGCUGGCUACGCUCGAUGCUAGUCCGGCUUCGGACAUUCCUGAAGCGUGCGAAUGGCUCAUGUUCAAGGACAUGUACCGUCCUGUUGAAGAAGACGAUGAAUUUUCGGACGAUGAGUCAUCCAGGAAGAAAGGGAAGGAAACGCCCGUGUUGGCUUCGGUGGAUGCGUUGGCGCAGCAGUUGCAGACGUUUAUGCAACAGCAACAGCAAUGGCAAGAGCAAAUGACUCAGAAUCGUUGGCAAGGACCACGGUCGCCGAGGAACCGUGCUCCGAUGGUAGCUGCGGCAACUGCAUCUACUUCUUCUGGAAACGUGGGAACGGUUCCGAGUGGUAGUCGUCCGUUCCGAGGCAUCAGUAUGGAGGACGAUAGUCGAACUCAGGAUGGUGUUCCGGUGUGUGGCCGAUGUAGAUACAAAGGUCACGGCCGAGCUACGUGUGUGCGUGCUGGGAUGAAGUGUCUGCAGUGUGGACAGAUGGGUCACGUCCGUUCUGAAUGUGACUCGAAUUCUAGUACUGGCUAUGGUGGUAACCGCUUUGGUGGACGAGGGUCGCGUGGUCCGUCGAGAUGCUUUUUCUGUGAAGACACUGGCCAUGUGGUGGCUGAGUGUCCGGCGAUUCGUUCGCUACGGUCGCUAGUGCCGCAAGCUGCGAGCACUAACUCUCAACAAUGA